UUAUCAAGAAGAUAAACACUUUGCUCCAAUUUGGGACAUAUUACAUAAUCCUAAUGCAACUGCCAAACAAAAAGCACAAGUAAAGAAUUAUGAAUUGGUUGGAAACAAAAUAUAUCUUCAUGAAGGAAAACGUCUUGUAGUACCAUGA